AUGGCGAAACGCGACAGCCUGACAGUAUGGCUCCCCAAAGAAAUGUACGGCUCCGUAGAGCCCUUUGCCGACGACAGAUUCAUCUGGUGCCCGAUGCCUUUUGACAAUUCACUGCCAGUUGAGCAGACAUCAUUCAUCGACAUGGGCGGCGACGAUGAGAGCGACAGUAACAACAACGAGCCCGCACAACAAGAUCCCGACAAUGACCAACCGAUAAUAGACUACGACCUUCCCGCCCCGCCGCCCGCGGCCGUGUUAGCGGGGCCGGCGACGGACAUGUCUCCUUCGGAAACUGAAUCCGAACGAGAGUUUCCGCUGCGGCAGAUUAGUCAAAAUCUCGGCCGGGGACGGCGGGGGAGAUCCCGGAAGAUGAGGCCGGGUAGGCAGCAAAAGCACAAGCAUGCCGGGUCCGAGAGUCGGGGGUUUUCGGUACAUUUGGGGCUGAAUCUUGAUAUUGAGGUAACUCUCAAGGCGAGGAUAUUUGGCGACUUGGAGAUUAGCGCUUUUGACGCAUUAUGA